AUGGAGCCUAUCAGCGACAACAGCGUCAACAGUGACAGCUUCGGCGACGCCGGAAUGAUCUACAACAUCGAGCCUAUCGCUUCGAACCACCAGAAAGAGACUCCAUCCGAGCAAGGCCUCAACACCCAUCACAUCCUACCCAGCGUCGAGAAGAAUAUCGAAGCCGCUCCAUCAACCCCGGAACGAGACAUCCCUUUGUCCACGGAUAUAGUGGAGCCAACCGGAGAGGAAGAUUCCGACCACCUGCCCCCUGUCGACCUCUCAUCUUCUCCCUUUCCCUUGACGUUUCCCUCGCCAUCGACAUUCCAACAUCGCGAUGCGUCAUCAGCUACAGCCUCGCCUGUACGCCCUUCAUCCAGAUCCCCUUUGAACGUUUCGACCUCGGCCAGCUCCCAGUUCUCCUCGUACACGUCUAUGUCCGAGGAAUACUUAGACGAGGAGGAAGACUCAGACGAUUACUUCAGCGAUGACGAUGACGAGAACGAGAAAAAUGACGAAUUCGGAUCCGAGGACGAAGGCCUUCCCUCUUUUGCGGGCCGCUAUGAUCGCUGGCCAGAUUUCGAAAACCUGGAAGGAGACGAGUAUACCUGCAUCAUUGUCGAAUAUCCAGACGGAAUGCAGAUCGUGGUGCAGAGUGGUGCAAAGAACCCCCUUACCGCGUCCCCGACGGACCACCUCCGGGCGCCACGCUCCUUCGACAAACCCAACUCGACUACGCCGAGUCCCGAUCGCAGAAAAUGGACCCGCCAAUAUCUGCUUGCCGUUCUCUUUCUCUCCUCGAACACCUCCCGCUUCCUUACCCACUCCCUCUCGCCUACUGCUGCACGCAGAGCUACCCCUCGGGCUCCUCUCCUCCUCACCCGUCUCAUCAGUCACCGCUUCACCCACCCCCUCUUCCUCGCGCUGGAGCAAUUUUUCGUCAACUUCGCCCUCGCCAAGCUCUCCUUCCUCGACUGCUACCUCCAUCCCCGAGGGGGAUGA